UGAGAGGCCCGACCCAUCAAGAGCUGGGCAAAAUCCAUUUCCCUUCGGCCGUCGAGCCCAAGGUUCCUGGUCAUGGGCUUUCGGACAUUUCGUCGAACAAUUCGCGGGCGCACUUGUAAAUCGCAAUUUAGCCCCCGGUCGCCGUCAAUCCUCCGUCGUCCUGCUCGCCCGUCUCUUCUCUACGCGCUGGGAAUUUUUCUGGUGAAUGCACAGUAAAGCGAGGCGCUUGCUGCAAAACCUUCGCGGGCGCCCCCUGUUCACCUCCCAAGGCCCUGCCUCUCUGAUGGAUCAGUCAGAGCGGUACUGCUUCAACCCCGUGCUGAAAUGGAACCCUCAAGUGGAAGAGUACUUCAUCAAGGCUUAUGGAGCCGAGCACUUCGCUCGUAUUUCCACAGCUCUAACGCGUCCAUCAUGCUAUUCAUGCAUCCGUGUGAAUACACUCAAGUCGACAACUGACGCUGUCAUUGAGAAAUUGCAUGCCAUUGCUGAGGAAGCAGGUCUUGGAGAGUCCACUGGCGACAUGAGUUUGCUAGGAACUCAUACUGUCGUUGAUUCUGAUAAGCCUCCUCAGCAAAAUGGCUCAUUAACUAAUGCCAAUGGAGAUAAAUGUCCGGAAGGACAGUAUAAGAAAGUCUUGGGGUCCUUCGGAGGAGAUACGGUUGAUCCGAAAAGAGAAUGUUUGCCCAGUAGUUUGAUUUCUAAAAGCAACAUACCUGGCUUAGAUUAUGUAGUCUUCAUCAGAGGGUCAGGACCACAUGAUAUUGACUAUGGUUAUGCUUUCGACAAACCUCCAAAGGAAGUCAUUGUCAGUAGGAAAUGUGCAGAGGCUGUGCUCCGGGGUGCUCAGGUGUAUGUUCCAGGUGCAAUGGCUUGCAGCGCCCAUGUCGAGAAAGGUGAUGUGGUUGCAGUUUCUGUGGCAGUGGAGCAGCCAUGUCCUGAUGAUACAUGGAAUGUUAAUAUGACCCGUGGGACUGUUCUACAGGGAAUUCAAAUAGAUCCUCUCUAUAAUGAAAGAAAUGGCAUGUAUAUUGGCCAAGGAAUAGCAAUGAUGUCAAGGGCAGGCAUCUUCCGCGCCUCUGAGGGAGUAGCUGUUGAUAUGAAAAAUCGAGUCUACAGACUGCCAUCUUUUAAUGAUGUGCUCCGGGGGGAGAUAUUUCUUCAAAACCUGCCAAGUGUCGUCACCGCCCAUGCCCUAGAUCCUCAAAAGGGUGAAAGGAUUCUAGAUAUGUGUGCAGCACCGGGAGGAAAAACCACUGCAAUUGCAAUUCUUAUGAAAGAUGAAGGAGAGAUUGUUGCAGCUGAUAGGUCUCAUAAUAAGGUGCUGGAUAUUCAGAAAUUGGCUGCUGAAUUGGGCUUGAAUUGUAUAACCACGUAUAAGUUGGAUGCUCUUAAAUCUGUUUGCAAAAGUCAUGAACUCAGUGCUGCCAUCACAUCCAAUUCUGGUGACAGUUUUAAAAGUGAUGCUACAAACCAGAACUCCAGCACAGUGGAAUCUCAGACAGAAAAGGUGCAAGCAGAUGAUAUUGCUGGACUUAGAAUGAGGGAUGUUUGCAAUGUCAAUGUUAAAAAUGAGAAAAGCAGGGAGAGCACUUAUGCAAGCCGAGCGGAAUUGAGGAAGAGUAUGAGAAGAAUGAGGAAUGGGCCAGGAAGGAACCAGUGCAAGGGCACUAGGGUGGAGAAUUCCAAAGGUUUUCUACCUCACAGCUUCGAUCGAGUUCUUCUUGAUGCUCCAUGUUCUGCUCUAGGCCUGAGACCCAGAUUAUUUUCUGGAGAGGAAACAAUAGAAUCUUUAAGAAACCAUGCAAAGUAUCAAAGGCGAAUGUUUGAUCAGGCUGUUCAGUUAGUGCGCCCUGGUGGAGUUAUUGUAUACUCAACAUGUACAAUUAAUCCCGGUGAAAAUGAAGCACUGGUUCGGUAUGCUUUGGACACUUACAAGUUCCUCUCUCUAGUCCCUCAGCAUCCAAGAGUUGGAGGUCCUGGCCUUGUUGGUUCUUUUGAAUAUUCCGAUGGAUAUAUCGAGGAGUGGCUAAAACCAGGGGAAGAAGAACUCGUCCAGAGAUUCGACCCGUCUGCUCCUCUUGAUACGAUUGGCUUUUUCAUAGCCAAGUUUGUUGUGAACAAGGAAACCUAAAGCAUGGAGACAGCUGCAACUCGGACUUCCAUUAUUGCAGACUCAACGGAGAAUUGCUUGUGUCUUGCAUCGUCUCGCCGUGGCUUGUGUAACGUCCAUUCUGGACGGAAAGAAAAUUUGAUAUGAAGUAAGAGUAGUAGGAAUGAGGCUCUUAUUUUUGCCCCUAGCCUGAUGUCAACCCUACACCCUAGAUCACGAAGGAACAACUUAAUUGAUUGUGCCCAAGUAUUAUAGCUAGGAAAUAUCACGAGGCGAGGGUACCGGUGUUUCCAAAGGAAGCAAAAAGAAAUUAGAGAAAAAUAGUUACUUGCUCGCGUGAAAUUAAGUACAUUCACA